AUGGACGCUCUCGCCGCCAAGGCCGCGAGGAGGCUGGAGUUGUACCACGGCGACAGACCUGCCGUACAGCGAAUGAUGUCCCUCAUGGCGCCACCAAGUCCCACGGCAGGCACGGCCUCAGCGGGCUUGCCCGUCCGAGCCAACAGCAGCAGCCCCGCCAUCCGCCAGCCCACCAACGUCGGAGCGGGGAGUACAAUCAGCGGCACAGGAGCGGCGGCGGCGGCGGCGGCAGCCGCCGCCGCUGCCGCCGGCGUCGUCAUCAGGCCCGUCAGUCCUACCCGGAUACCUUCUCGCCUCGGCAGCCAGCGGCCACCAACGCUGGCCGUUGACGGCACCGCCGCCGCCGCCAGCGCGGAGUCCGGGCGAAGUCCGGGUGCCAGCCCGGCAGUCCGCAUACCGGUGGUUCCGGAGCUGGUCCCUCCAGCGUCACCAUCAGCAUUCCCGAUACGGCAGUGUCUGACGUACGACGAGAUUGCGCACAUCAAGGCGGAGGCCAAACGAGCCCUCAUGGGUGGCGGCAGUACGACAAUACCCGCUGGCGGCACCGGCACUGGUACGGGCACCGGCACAGGCUGUGGGACGCGGCCUCCGGGCCCCAACCUUCCGGGUCCCCCCGGUGAGGGCGGAGGGGGUAGAGGGCUCAUGUCGAUGAACUUGGGCUCCAGUAAAGCGAUGACGAGUCCCUUGGGGCUGUGA